GACGUGCGGUCAUCUUGGCCAUAAAAGUGGCGAAAACUAAGCACUUUACACUGACUCAUAUGGAUGUACUUACAUUCGUUCAUGGAUGCACACAUUUUAACAGGUUGCCGUCCUCUGCUCAAAAUGCACACCUUACGCCUAUUCUCGCUCCCAGAAUAUGCGGCGCUUGUGACGUAGGACAAUAACAGGACUGGUUGCUAUGGGAACGUACGCAUACCCAAGGAACCUUGCUAAAAGGAGUAUUAAAUUUGCUAAUAAAAUCGUUUAGGAUUAUUUUAGAUGCAUACAUGUUAUAUUUUUCUUCUAGAGUAUCCGACGAGGAAUACGAUAGACCCAUUAAAAGACUUUUUUUUUUUUUUUUUUUUUUUUUUUAAUCACCAAUUCUUUAAGUAGUCACAUGAAUAAUGAGGUGGCCUGUGAAAAUCAACGUAAAACAGCUGGGCAAGGACUUUCCAGAAAGUACUCUGUGAGUCACUCUUUUAACAAUCAUGUGGUGUUAAUAGCUGAUUGGACUUUCUUAAACAUGUAUAAUCUACGUGACAUGGUUAGUGCUGAUUGGGAUUGAUAACAGAAUCGUUAAAUAAUCUGCCAAAUGAUUCCAUGGUAUUGAAAUGCUCCCUACACUUGUUGCUGCGACAGUGCAGUAAAGCUGCUUGUGCUAAAUCUGUUGGCCCUCUGGGGGCCCCUGCUAACUGGGGGCCCUAGGCAAUUGCCUGGUUUGCUCAAUGGGACGCGACACCUCUGCUCACGAUUUGGCGCGACUCGGACAGCACGCAGCUCAGCGUGGUGGCAGAUCGUCCCCCUCACAUCAUCUCAUGCGAAACUAACGUGCUCUGAGAUGAGAAAUAUAUUCACAAACCUAGGUGAAAAAACCCAAUUGGAGAAGGUCCCACAAAAAAGGAGCCGCUACCGAGCUGUGCAGCCACGGUGUUAUUCAAAACCAUAUUGAAUCUUCUAAUUGGACCAAUUCGACCGAGUGUGCCAAAUUUCAUGGCUCUACAGUAUGAGCUGCCUAAGUCCCUCAAAAAAAUCACUGACCAACAUGAAAGAAGCUGUAAAUAAGUAAAAUGAGUGACUUUCUGUUGCCACUAGUUGGCACUGCAGUGUUGAUGCAAAUGACCACUACAGGACCCUUCAGGGUGCGACUCUUAACAAGCACAGGAAAUUUGGUGCAGAUUUGUUGUAGAUCUCCCAAGUUAUGACUUCAAAAUUUGUGGUGAGACAAAUGGCGACUGUCAUUUUCACAUUCCUGUUUGGACCCCUCUGCUUCAACGAAAACUCGAUAUUUUUCAUCAGGAAUACAAAUCAUAAGGCUCGCCUGAUGCAGGUUUCAGGUCAAUUGAUUUUUUUCCCUUUGAGCAGGAGCCUGUUUCGUAACCCCACCCAGAUCAGGCCAGUGAAUGAAAACUCACCAUUUUGAAAACUUAAGAUCUCGUGUCUCAUGAACACUCCCCAAUUUUGAGGAGUAUCCAACUAACUCCCGCGGCACCAAUGUCUCAAAUCUGCACCCUGUAACUCGACUAAAAUUGCAUAUUUUUUCCACAUUCAAUGCAAUUUAAUGCAUUUCCUGUUGUGUUAGGGAUAUGGGUCCAAGAGACCUUUUGGUGCAGUUUUGCACAAGGUAUCGACUUACAACCAAUUUUCAGCGCUCUAUGUUGAAAACCCUAAUACAACCUCUAGCAAAAAUCACCAGUCUCUGAAAAGCACUCACUGACAUUUUAUCAUGUAGAACAAACUCAGAUAGAAAGCUUGAAAAAAAUAAUGAAUUAGUUCAAAAGUGCAACUCUUUAGCAUUCAGAAACACUAAAAGAAAUUAAUAAAGAACAUUGUGGUGGUCAGUAAAUGUACUUUUAUAGAGCAAGUGCAGGGAAAUAUAUAUGGAAUCCAUUCUGAGGGAAAAAAUAUGGAAUGAUUAGAAACAAACAAAGAAAUAACAAAACGCAUCUCUAGUAUUUUAUGACAGCUUGCAGUCUCUACGGCAUCGACUUGAAUAGUAUUCUUCAUCAAUUUGGUGCCAACUCUCUUUGAUUGCAGUUGCCAGAUCAUCCCUGCAGGUCGGAGCCUUGCUGUGGACCAUUUUUUCAAUUUCCACCACAGGUUUUCAAUAGGGUUGAGAUCUGGGCUAUUUGUAGGCCAUGAGAUUGACUGGAUGACUCUUUCUCCAAGGAAUGCUUUAACAGUUUUAGCUCUGUGGCAUGAUGCAUUGUCAUCUUGGAAAAUGACAAACAUAUUUUCAGUUGAGGGGAUAAGAAAGCUGUCUAAAAUUUCAAUGUAAACUUGUGCAUUUAUUGAAGAUUUAACCACAGCCAUCUCCCCAGUGUCUUUGCCUGACAUGCAAAUCCAUAUCAUCAAGGACUGAGGGAAUUUUGAUGUUUUCUUCAGGCAGUCAUCUGUGUAAAUCUCACUGGAACAGCACCAAACCAAAGUUCCAGUAUCAUCACCUUGUCCAAUGCAGAUUCUUGACUCUUGACAAGGUGAAGCCUUGAUUUUGAUAUCGCCAUUUCUUUUUUAAAGGCAAUAAAAUUGGGUUUUCUUAUAAUGAAUUUGCACUUAUGAAUUUAAAAUAACAUCAGAAUCACAAUAAUAUUCUUUCUUACGGACUCUAUCAAAUGAAAUCAAAAUUUUAAACGAAGAUCAGAGGCCAAGAAAAUAUUUUUCAAUGGUGAACUGAUCAAAAUACAUGCGAAAAAUCAUAUUUCCGGAUAUGGUAAACCAAAUGAGCAUCACAUGAAGCACAUUUUCGGUCAAUGUUAUCUUUUAAUAUUUUACAGGUUAACGAUGAUCAAACGAUUCUGAAAAAAAAAACUAAAAAAAUAAACUUUAAUCUUAUUUAUCAAAAAAUAUAUAUAUUUCUGAGAAGAAUCAAAAUCCCUCAACGUCGAUAAAGUGUGUGUGACGUCACACAGGACGGCGCAAUGACGUCACAGAGUGGCGGCAGCCCGAGCCCAGUUGUUUCCAGGUGCUGCUGCUGCUGCUGCUGCUUCAGCACUCGUUUACUCCGGACGCCGGCUGACUGUCACGCCACUCGGUUGGAGGAGGAGGAGGUCCGCUCAGAAAUACACCCGGCCGGUGUCGACAUGUCGGACCAAGAAAUUUGCGAGAUUGUGCAGCCCGGCAAGCAGAGCAUGCAGCUAAAGAAGGAAAUCUCCCUACUAAACGGCGUCAGCCUCAUCGUGGGCAACAUGAUCGGCUCCGGUAUCUUCGUUUCUCCCAAAGGCGUGCUCUUCCACAGCGCCUCCUACGGGCUGUCGCUGGUCAUCUGGGCAGCGGGCGGGCUCUUCUCAGUGGUGGGCGCCUUGUGCUAUGCCGAACUGGGCACCACCAUCACCAAGUCAGGGGCGUCCUACGCAUAUAUCCUGGAGUCUUUUGGCGGUUUCCUGGCUUUCGUGCGCCUGUGGACCAGCCUGCUGAUCAUCGAGCCCACGAGCCAGGCCGUCAUCGCCAUCACCUUCGCCAACUACCUGGUGCAGCCGAUCUUCCCCACCUGCGAGCCGUCUUACGCCGCAUCGCGCCUCAUCGCCGCCGCUUGCGUAUGCCUCCUCACCUUCAUCAAUUCGGCCUAUGUGAAAUGGGGCACCCAAGUGCAGGAUAUGUUCACCUACGCCAAGGUGGCCGCCCUGAUUGUCAUCAUCAUCACAGGCAUCGUCAAGCUGUGCCAGGGUUACACUAGCAACUUCGAGUCGUCCUUCUCUGGCUCCUCCACAAACCCCGGCGACAUCGCUCUGGCGCUCUACUCAGCGCUGUUCUCCUACUCUGGCUGGGACACGCUCAACUUUGUCACCGAGGAGAUCAAAAACCCCGAAAGAAACCUCCCUCUGGCCAUCGCCAUCUCCAUGCCUGUUGUCACCAUCAUCUACAUCCUCACCAACGUGGCUUACUACGCAGUGCUGGACAUGAGCGCCAUUUUAGCCAGUGACGCCGUGGCCGUGACAUUUGCAGAUCAGACGUUAGGCGUGAUGAGUUGGAUCAUCCCCGUCGCCGUGGCCUUGUCCUGCUACGGUGGCCUUAACGCUUCCAUCAUCGCCGCAUCCAGGUUGUUCUUCGUGGGUUCCCGUGAAGGUCACCUCCCUGACGCGUUGUCCAUGAUCCACACCGAGAGAUUCACGCCAAUACCGGCUCUCAUCUUCAACUGCCUGAUGACGUUAAUCUACUUGACGGUGGAGGACGUAUUCCAACUCAUCAACUACUACAGCUUCAGCUACUGGUUCUUCGUGGGUUUGUCCAUAGCGGGACAGAUUUACCUGAGGUGGAAGGAACCGCAACGAAACCGACCGCUCAAACUGAGCCUGUUCUACCCAGUGGUGUUCUGCCUGUGCACCGUGUUCUUAGUGGCCGUGCCACUUUACAGCGAUACGCUCAGCUCCCUGAUCGGCAUCGCCAUCGCUUUGUCGGGGGUGCCCAUCUACUUCUUGGGUGUUUAUUUGCCGGAGUCCAAGCGACCGCCUAUCAUUACCAAGCUGCUGCGUUCUCUGACCCACAUCACUCAAUACACGUGCUUCUGCGUCCUAACAGAUACAGACAAGAGUGACUAAAAAGUUAAGUUAAACUUAAGAAACUUUGUUAAGUUAAAAAUUUUCUUUCCGGUGUUUUCUGAUCCUAUGUCAAAGGUCAUUUCACAUGACCGUCGCCUGUCCUUUAUUCACGUCAAUUCUAAGGUUACAGUGUUUUACCUCUUUAAAGCGAUAUGAACGGCCCGCAACAAUUUAUGAUGUUUUGAAAACAACUGGAACAAAUGUAUUCUCUUAUUCAAUAAUAUAGUAUGAACAUUUUGUCAUUUGUCAGUAUUUAUUGUGAAUUGCAUGUAUUGCCUAAAUCACUGGUUCUAAUCACUGGUUGCAUUAAAAAAUGCAAGAAAUCAAAUUCUAAUCAUUUCUUGCAUCUAAAAUGUUAACUUUUUUACAGGUAGUCCCCGGGUUACGAAGUACUUGACUUACGCGAUUUCGACUUUACUCGUCAGCCAUUUUGUCUCCAGUCUUUUUUUUUUUUUUUGUCGCAUAAAUAAUACCUUAAUGUACAUUAGUAUCUUUAUUUUAUUGAUAAAACAUAUUUCUGCCCUCACUAAACGUGAAGUUGUCCUACUUUACAUACAGAAAACAAGGCAAUUGUGCUUUUUGAAGCUUUUUACUUGCUUUACUUUUGACAAUAUAUUGACAUAUGUUCAAAACGACACACAUUUUAACAAUAUAGCACUUGACACAAAACAAUUGGUGUUGAAGGAAUCUGACCUUCCUGCCAGACCGCCGGAAUCAUGCCAGCCGAACCGUCGGAACCACGCUGCCGCAGAUACAGCGAGCCGGGCCGGCGGGAACCCGGCAAUCCGGCCAGAAGGCCAAACUCCGCGCGUUCACCUUAGUCUUAACUAGAGGCGGGAAUCUUUGGGCACCUAGCGAUUCGAUUACGAUUCAGAGGCUACGAUUCGAUUAUAAAUCGAUUAUUGAUGACCCCCCCCCCCCCCCCCGCU